AUUUUGCGCGUCGCUGUCGCCAGUCAGUCACCUUUGCCCACCUCAGACAUGGCGUCCACAGGUCCUGUAGCCGCAAGGCGCAAUCAGAAGCAAUUCCAGGACAAGGAGAAGGGCAUGGAAGUCAGACAGUCCAAUCUGACGGCGGCCAAAGCUGUUGCAAGCUCAGUCAGAACCUCGUUAGGGCCUAGAGGGAUGGACAAGAUGAUCACGACAGCUCAAGGGGAAGUGAUCAUCACCAACGACGGCGCUACCAUCCUCAAGCAUCUGGGCGCGCUCCAUCCUGCUGCCAAGAUGCUCGUCGACCUGUCUGCCGCGCAAGACAUCGAAGCCGGAGACGGCACGACCUCUGUCGUCGUCCUCGCAGGCAGUUUCCUCGCGGCUGCAGAAAAGCUGCUUGCAAAGGGUAUACAUCCCAUGAUCAUCUCUGAAGCAUUCUCUCGCGCGGCUGACAAGACGAUCCAAUACCUCGAAGAAAUCUCGACGCCCGUUGAUCUCGCAGACCGCGAGAGCCUGCUACGCGCCGCUGCGACUAGUCUCAAUUCAAAGAUUGUGUCGCAGUACUCAUCCAUUCUCUCGCCGAUUGCAGUCGACGCUGUCAAGCGCUUAGUGACGAGCAAGAGCGACAAUGUCGACUUGCGCGAUAUCAGAAUCGUGAAGAAAGUAGGCGGUACGAUCGAUGACACCGAGCUUGUCGACGGCGUCUUGCUUCACCAGAGCGUCAUCACAGAGGGCGGCGGCCCUACACGUGUAGAGAAAGCAAAGAUUGGUCUCAUUCAAUUCUGUCUCAGUGCUCCCAAGCCAGACAUGGACAAUCAGAUUGUCGUCAAUGAUUAUCGACAAAUGGACAAGAUCCUCAAGGAGGAGCGACAAUACCUUCUCAACCUCGUCAAAGUCAUCAAAAAAUCAGGCUGCAAUGUACUUCUCAUUCAAAAGAGCAUCUUGAGGGAUGCAGUCAAUGAUCUAUCGCUCGCUUUCCUCGCCAAGCUCAAGAUCAUGGUCGUCAAAGAUAUCGAACGCGACGAAGUCGAGUUCUUGUGCAAGUCGAUGGGCUGCAAACCGAUUGCCGAUAUCGAGGCUUUCAGCGAAGACAAGCUAGGUCAAGCCGAUCUGGCUGACGAAGUCUCGAAGAGUGGCGCCAAGGUCGUGCGGAUUUCGGGCAUCAAGAAUCCAGGCAAGACUGUCAGCAUCCUCUGCACGGGCGCCAAUUCGCUCGUUCUCGAAGAAUCAGAACGCAGCUUGCACGAUGCACUCUGUGUUGUACGCUGCCUCGUCAAAAAGGCUCUCAUUUCUGGUGGUGGCGCACCCGAGAUCCAUGUGUCCAGAUUGUUAGCACAGCACGCUCAGACACUCAAGGGACUCGAAGCAUACUGUUUCCAAGCGUAUGCGGAGGCGCUCGAAGUCAUUCCCACAACGCUAGCCGAGAACGCCGGACUCAAUCCGAUUGCGAUUGUGACAGAGCUCAGGAACAGGCAUGCCAUGGGCGAGCGGAGCGCAGGCAUCAACGUUCGCAAGGGGCUGGUGGGCGAUGUGCUCGAAGAGAAUGUGUUGCAGCCUUUGCUGGUCAGCACAAGCGCCAUAUCACUUGCGACGGAGACUGUCGGCCUACUGCUACGUCUCGACGACUACGUUCCGACCAGAUAAAAGUGCAACAACAAUGCAAAAGGGAAACAAAUGUACAUGUACACGAUUAGAGAUGCAACAAAAGUCGUCAGGCAUGCUCUAGCUGAGCGUCGGAUCGAGUGAGAAGAGCUCGUCGCGUAUAACCGAUCUCGCGACUGCGUCGGUCUCUUUCGUAACUAGUGCUACAAUUUUCUGUCCCAUCAG